AUGGAUAUAUUUAAAUUAGCUUCUAAUGAUAGAUUUAAAAAAGGUUCAACCACAGUUCUGAUAGUCAAAUCCGGCAGUGAAGAUGAUGAUGAAAAGCUUCUCAUGGAUUUAAUUCAUUCAUCGGCAAGAAACAACACGAAACGAUUAAGCAACGAUGAGGUGUAUAAUCAACAGCAACAAACUGCAAUUAUGAAACGACGUAAAGCAGAUUUAACAUGUGUGGUUUGUGGAGGUUCUGCUUUUGGUUAUAACUUUGGUCAAAUUACCUGUGAAUCAUGCAAAGCGUUCUUUCGUCGAACUGCUUUUCACCCACUUGAAAAAACCAGAUGUCAAAAUAAAUAUGGUCUUCGAUGUAAUAUUCGUCAUGAUGAUAUACAGAAAUGUCAACGCUGUCGUUUAUUGAAGUGUUUGGAAUCUGGCAUGCGGAAAGAUUUAAUCUCAACACGUGAAGACAAAUUGAACAGACUAAAGCUUUUAGAAGAAAAUCGUCGUCUAUAUCCGAGAGAAAUCAAAGGCGAACCUUUGGAAGUUGAAAUAAAAAACAACGAUGAAAUUUCCUAUAACUUAACAAAAGACGAUUGGUCUUGCUUGAAUUCUAUUCAAGAUGCAUAUCUCUCUUCAUCGCGAUCGACGCCACCAGCAUCAACAAUGUUUUCACUGGAAUUAGCUUCGGAUAAAAUGUUAACAUAUAUGAACACAUUGGAUAUACAAAAUGUUAAUGCCAUUCGAAUGAUUAACUUUGUUCGGCAAAUCGAAGAUUUUGCAAGCUUGAAUGAAAACGAUCGUGUCACACUAGUGAAAUAUAACUCAUCUAUGGCCGGAUUGAUGCGAUUUUCGUUAACAUUCGAUAAAACACGCGAACUGUGGCACCUCGAUCCCGAAGAUGAUUCACAUUCGACAGCGAGUGAAGCAUUUGCUGAAGAAUGUAAAAGUUUAUUUAUUCUGUGCUAUGGCUAUGAACUAUUUCGAUCUCUGGCCAAUAUUCUUCAUAUUAUUGAAGAUUUAGUCAACAAAGAUCCAAUAAUUGUUCAAUUAUUAAUGUUAACAAUGGUCUUUCUCAAAGGUUUAUCAGCAAGCGAUGAUAGAGAGUCGAUGUUAUAUGACUAUCAACGUGUAUUUCAAGCUCAUUCGAAAUAUGUAGAUUUACUCUUUCGAUAUCUCCUUCAACAAUCAUCAUUCGAACAAACCGCCGUGAAAAUGAUGCGUGUUGUCGAAGUUUUACUGAAACUUCAAAAACUAAUGCGAGAUUUUCAACAGCAAGUCAAAACUAAGAUCGAUGUCAACUAUAUCAAUCCAUUAAUGAAAUCAUUACUUAAUUUGACAUAG